UUCGUUUUGUCCAAUUUGUGGGUUGGCCGAAACUAGCUAUGGAUCUGCCACCGAUCCCAUCCAGCUGCGAUAAGGAUGUGGUAGAGGCAUUUAUUGAUCAACUCGAUCUCAGCAAGUACACCACUUUAGCCAAGGUGCGUGAGUUGCGUGAAUAUUUGUUAAAAGCAUUUAAGGAUCUGGUAAACCUCGAGUGGAAUGCCUGCGAGCGUCUUGAUCAAGAAAGUCGUGAACAAAAAGUACAGCAGAUACGUGAGACUGCUGCCAUGAUGGAUCGCUUUAUAGACGACAUAAACCGAUUGCUAGUCGAGCCUCAAGUUGGACCGGGAGCAAAUAUGAUUGAUCAGUUUCACAGCUUGGGCGUGAAUUGGGAAGCAAAUAUAUCGCAAUUGGAGAUGAAUUUACCACCUCAGAUUGUGGUGCCGCAACUUCCGCACAACAGGUCGAGGCAAGUCGUGGGAGAAGUGCAGGUUACAGCAUCCCUAGCGCAACAGCUUGUGGAUCACUAUCAAAAGUUUCGUCGACUAAACGAUGAUCCAGAAGCUAUUCGAGAAGCUGCCGAAGAGCGUGAAGGAAAUGGUCAAGAGGUGACUCUUCUUUCCACCUACGGUUCGACCAGAUUUCGUCACUGGCUAACCGAAGACUUUGUGCUUCGCCACGAAAUGUGUUCAGUAAACUUUCGCAGUCCGCGUGAGCUAGCCACAAAUCUGAACUGGCCAAUUUCACCGUUUCCGGUUUGGCUGACCAAUCCAGAGCCUCGGCGUUCAAUCCGGACUUGUGAGCGUAGGACAAUUACCAGUGCAACUGCUGCAACUGAGCCAUCAAAUCGACACGAAACAGACAGCUCUAGAAGCCUGCAGGCCAGCAGUCUGGUAAAUGUGGCAAGACAUCAGCGUUCCCAGAAUCAGGGAACGCCAGAUGCUGUUUAUUUCAGUCGCUUUGCCGGGACGCCCGAUGAUGAGAUCCCCUGGUCGGCGCCUGGAGGACCCGGAAGAACAUCGGGGGCAGGUGAUUCGAGCACCCCUCUCGGACAGAACAGCGGUUUGGGCUUGUCAUUUAGACCCAAUCUGACCUAUGACGAUGGGAUUAAUCGAUUGUCUUUACCUGGAGGAGAAUCAUUUGGGCCAGCGUUUCCACAGCUACCGGAAGAGCAACCAGACAGCAGCAACACCUUAUUACUGCCGGCGGCAAAUACGGAUGAAACAGCUGUAGUUGGCGCUCCUGGAUCAUCAAUGCUGCGCCCACGGUUCAGGCCAAAAUUGUCGGCCAUCGAAGAGAUUGAGUUCCAUCAACGCCUCACCGCUGAGUCGCGUGAGAUGGAAAUGAGCUUUUCUCCGCAAUCGAAAGAGGCGGCACCGGCAAUGGAAGUGUCCAAAUCAUUAACACCUCUUGCGAUUACACCUCCUUUAAGCCCACAACGUGAGUGGUCUUUGAUUUUUCGGCCGCGGGCGCAGAUAAUUAACUAUGACGAUGGGCCAGCUCCUCCGAGGCAAGCACCGCGAGUCCGACGUCCUCCACGCCCACGAGCACGCGUUCCUCGUGCUGCUCCAGCACCAGCUCCGCUGGUACCAACUCCUCCAUCAACGCCGGAACAACGAAUCCGAAUCCUCCAGGGUGAGGAUGCACAGCGAAGCCCACGUCAUGUUGCAAACACUUUUAUAACUGAAUUUCUACAAAGUAUUUCGCAGCGGACAGUUGGACAGUAUCCAGAGUUAUUGCCUCCCGUUGUAUUUGGCGGCAAUUCUGGACAACAGCAGAUUCAGCAGCCAGCGACAACAUCGGCUGUUUCUGUUGAAAUUACUCAGGAGGUGUCUCUGAGUUUUUCGGUUUGUGGUGCUGGUAUGCAAUCUACAGCUUACUUGCCGGCUCCUGUGAUGCCUUCACUGGACACCGAUGCCAGUGCUGACGACCAGAUAGUUCCCUUUGAUCCAGCUGCUUCGUUACCGCCCAUAAGCUCUACUCCAAUCAAUCAGGAUCCAAAUGCCGCUUUCCUAGGACGUAAACUUCCGCUUGAAAUGAGACCCGAUACGACGGACACCUACAAUAUGUUUGCCAAUAUGUCACAACCAAUUAUGCCACUGGAAAUUGAGCAAGCCGCUCCGCUGUCUGUUUCGAACUCUUUGGCUACUUUGAGUGAUCGGGCUAUUGUGACCGAUGUGCAGAUACUGAGGCUGCCGAAUCAGUCAUACAAUCUUUCAAGCACAGAUGUGACCAAAAAUGUAGUAGAUUCUGCAGCGACGUUCACCACAGAUGGCUUGCAAACGGCAAGGGAACGCAGAACAGCAAUGCAAAAUCAACUAUAUCGAGAGUCGAUGAACGACUUGCGUUACAUUGUGCAACACACUGAUAUGUUUCGUUUAAUGGUCGAUAGGCAACAGGAACUCAGUGUGCAGGGCAAGUCGCUGUUGCAUUCGAGGGGCAACAGCCUCGGGUCCUCAAGUUAUUAUUCUAUGCCCGCUGUCAAAGUCUACAACCCCAAGAUAAUUCUGAAUACAGACAAGGAAAAGUUGCACCUUAUUGCUGCCCUUUUUGAAGCCCUUGUCAAGCAGCCACAGGUGGAUACAAAGAAACUAUCCUUUAUCCGGAAUAAACAGGAUAUGGCGAUGGCCUUCCAUAUUUUACUUCAACUAAAGACGGCCGAUUUCAUAAAUCUUAGCACAGAUGGAAGAUUUGCCAGUCUUCGUUAGAUGAAAAAAAAAACAAUAAUGGAAGAUUACUCUCCCUUUGUUAGAAUAAGAGAAAUUAUAAACGUGAUUUACUUUAAUUUGUAACAUUUAUAAAACAUUGUUUAAACUUUGCGUUUUAAAUUAUAUAUUUUAUAUUAUUUAAAUACAAUCCACAUUAUUAUUGGAAUUGUUUUCAAUUCAGUCUAACAGAUUCUGUUGAAAGUUUUUACGUAAUAUAAAAUAAUCAAUUUAAAACUUAAAGGCAAGUUUCACAUUUGGAAAGAUUAAGAAUUUUGAAUCUAUUAUGUUAUGUUUUACAAUACUUCUAUCAUGUAUAUUUCGGUGAAAUACGCUGAAAACUUUCAGUUUAUUGAAUUAUGAAAUUUGUAACUGGUUUGAAUUUUAAAUUUAUAAUUUUAA